UUACAAAUCGCGUGCUGGGCGGAGGGAAACGCGCGGACUGCGAGGACCGCAGCACUGGGCGCCGGCUCGAGCCAGCAGGGACUUGCCUCCCGUCCAAAUCUUGGGUUGCCCGCGGGCGCGCCCGUGCCGCCCGGAGGGAGUGGCACCCAAGCCCGGAUUGGGGCUGCCGGAGCGGCCGAGGACCGCGACGUAAUUAGCCUGAGCCUGAGGACGACGAAGGAGGGACAAGAUGUUCGUCUACCUCAGUAAGAAGAUCGCCAUCCCCAACGGCGUCAAGCUCCACAGCUUGGCGUGGAACCCCGACCACGGCUGGCUCGCGGCUGGUGGGGCUGAUGGUUUACUUAAGGUACUUAAACUCGAUGCGCCGCGGCCUGCCGGUGCCACACAAGCACCUUCUAAUUUAUCGAUGAACCAAACAUUAGAGGGCCACCAGGGCGCCGUCGUGUGUUCGACGUGGAACGCGAAUUACCGCAAACUCACCACUUCAGAUCAAAAUGGUUUAAUAAUAGUCUGGAUGUUACAUAAAGGCGUCUGGUUCGAGGAGAUGAUCAACAACCGCAAUAGGUCAGUAGUCAAAGCGAUGAAAUGGACUCCGGACGGCCAGAAGAUUUGUAUCGUCUAUGAGGACGGGGCGGUCAUCGUCGGUUCUGUCGAUGGGAAUCGGUUGUGGGGCAAGGAGAUGGAGACCGGUUUAACUAAUGUGGAGUGGUCGCCGGACGCGUCGUAUAUCUUAUUCGUGACUACGGAUAGUGAACUCCAUAUAUAUGAUUCGCAAGGUACGAAGGUGAAAUCAAUCCCCUCGCUGAGUGAUAGAAGUGAAUCCAAAAAGAAGCGCGCCGGCAACGCAUUGAUAGUCGCCAUCGACUGGUACGACGGCAUGGAAGGGUAUGCGGACAGUACGGCACCGACGCUGGCCGUGGCGUACGCCGAUGGUCGCGUGCAGCUCGCUAGAGGCUCAGAUGAUGCGGACCCCAUCAUCAUCGAUUCUGGGUUGAGAUUGAGGGAGUGCAAGUGGGACACGCGGGGCACGACGCUAGCCUUGGCCGGCACGUCCGAGGAGAAGAAGGACGCUGUCGUGCGGUUCUACUCCCCGAAGGGCGUCAAAUUACGCUCGUUAAAAGUGCCAGGCGGCGGCAUCAACGCCUUAUCCUGGGAAGGCGGUGGCUUGCGCAUCGCAUUAGCGGUCGACGCCUACAUCUACUUUGCCAAUGCGCGACCCGAGCACAAGUGGGGCCUGUUUGCCGGGGAGGUGAUCGUCGCGGCCUACCAGCCUCCUGAGCGAUCUGGUACGGCUUUAGUUUUUUGGGAUUUGAGAACCGGCGACAAAGUUAAAAAACGUGCAAACGGUUUAAGACAUGUCAAGGCCGUCGGCGACCACUGCGUGACCAUCUGCGAUGAAGUAGAUAUCCAGUCCAAGAAAACGACACAUGCUAUUAAGUUACGAGACGCUAUAGGUGUCGUCGUGGAGGAACGUUCAAGUCCACUGGACCCCAAGUUCUGUUCUCUGACCGAACACUUCUGCUUAGUGGCUUCCGAGCGCUAUGUUUAUGUGUGGCAAUUUGCCAGACAACAAUCGGUAAAAGGCCGCGAGCAGAAGAUGCAGAAGGAAUUGAUAAGUCUGAGGGAGGCCGGUGGUCGGGAGAAGGUCCUGGACGUCGAAGAUGGUUCUUCCCUACCUCUGAAUGAGUUCCGCGAGGAUGAUGAGCGCAUGAGGGACCCCAUAACAGCAAUAACGGCUUCCGAAAAAGCAUUGUUCGUCGGUAGAAGGAACGGCGACGUCCACGAGUUCGCGCUACCGACGCUCAGGCAGAAAUGUAUCCAUAGAUACCACUCGGCGCCGUGGUUGUUGCGGGUGAACUGCGACGCUUCCAAGAUCGCUGUCGUCGACGCGCACGGUCGACUGGGUGUCCUGGAUCUGUCAGCUGCAGACCCCGAGCGCCGUAAAGUCGUCAGAGACGAGUUCUCGGAAGAAAAGGAGGAAAAGAAGGAUUCAGAGGACGUCCAACCGGUCAUGAAAUUGGAGAGGAAGGACUGCUGGGACGUCUUGUGGGCCGAGGACGAUGCUGACAGUUUUGCGGCCAUGGAGAAGACGCGGCUCUGCGUCUACAAGAAUCUCGAGCCGGAGGAGCCCGUCGUGUGUUCUGGGUAUCUCGCAUCGUUCAAGGACUUGCAGGUCACUUCUGUGGUCUUGGAGCACGUCGUCCAGUCGCCAGAUAAAGUGCAAAAAGACUCCGUCGUUAGCAAUGACACGGCUCGACUGAGGGAAUUGAAGGACAAAAUAGCCCAGACGGGCGCGUCCGACGCGUAUAACUUUGUGGACGCGAACCCCCAUCCUCGACUGUGGCGGCAUUUAGCGGAAGCUGCUUUAGAAGCUCUUGACUUGCAAUGUGCGGAUAAAGCUUUUGUGCGGUGCAGCGACUACCAGGGCAUCCAAUUCGUGAAAAGGUUACGAGCGUUGUCGGACCGCAUGAAGAGGAAAGCGGAAGUUGCUGCGUUUUUCGGGCGCUUCGAGGAGGCCGAACAAAUUUAUAGGGAUAUCGACCGCAAGGACUUGGCCAUUGAUCUGAGGACGCGGUUGGGCGACUGGCAGCGCGUCGCCGAGUUGGUUCGAUCUGGUGCGGGCGAUGAUAAAACGCUCCAAGCGUCUUACUUGAAAUUAGGAGACCACUACGCGGGGAGAAGUAGAUGGUCUCGUGCUAGAGAAUUUUACGACCUCGCUGGGGAUGUUGAAAAAAGAGCUUCCUGUUAUUAUAGACUGGAGGACUUUGACGCCCUCGAGAAGUUGCUCUCGAAUUUACCUGAAAGGCAUCCGUUGCUCGGGGAACUGGGUCGCAUGUUCGAGUCUGUAGGACUGCACACUCCGGCGGUCGACGCAUAUCUCAGAGCCAACGAACCUAAACAAGCCGUGGACUGCUGUGUUUUGUUGAACCAGUGGGAACGCGCGGCAGAAAUAGCCGAGGACCACGGGUACCAGCAGAUCGAGGGGUUGCUAGCGAAGCGAUCCGGGCAGCUACUAAGGGAGGGCCAGAAACUGUUGGCUGUCGAGUUAUAUCGGAGGGCCAACCGGCCCACGGACGCCGCCAAGUUACUGGCCACAAUAGCGGAAGAAGUCGGCGUCAAGAACGCCUGUCCGGUGCGCGCGAAGAAAUUACAUGUUUUGGCGGCACUCGAGGUCGAACGCUUCCGGAAGAAGGCGCUGGAUCUAACGACGACGAAUGGGGAUAUUGCGCAAACGACGGCGGCCACGCUAGACACGUUGAUGACGCAGGACGCCGACAGCGGCACGGGCGCCGGUAGAAAAAUAAUGGACAACGCGUGGCGCGGCGCGGCCUGCUACCACUACUACUGUUUAGCUCAUAGACAAUUGUAUGAUGCGCAGUACGUCGACGCCAUGAAAACUAGUAUUAGACUCUCGGAGUACGAGGACAUCCUGCCCAAGGUCGAUAUAUAUAGCCUGGUGGCAUUGUCGGCGUACCAUGCCAAGGACUGGUAUGUUUGUUCUAAAGCUUUUAUUAAGCUCGAAACUUUAGAUGAUCCUCCACAGUGUGAUGAUGAGAAGGAGGAUUAUCUGGAGGAAAUUCAGAAAUUAGCUAUUGAUAUCUUUACGGACCACGCGCCCGGCGACAAGAGUCCCAAUAAUUUAGACCCGUGCUACUUCGAGUGCCUGAACAUGGGCGUUGGGUAUGCCGCGUGUACCAAGACUGGAAGAGCUGUACUAGAUGGCCGCACCAUAAAAUGCAAGACGUGCCGGCACCACGCGAUCGAGAGCGCGCUCGACGGGGCGAACUGCUGCCCGCUCUGCCACUCGGCCUACCCGGACGAGUACCGCUCCUGAUCCCGUCUAACACAUCAUUAGAGCCUAGGGGUCGCGGUCCGUGCGCCAGAACUCGAG